GCCCUUUGAAGCUGCACUGAAACUGCAAUUUGGACCUUCAACCCGUUGAUCCCCAUUGAAGUCCUCUAUAUAGAGAAAAAUCCUGCAAAUGGUGAUGAGCCUGCGGGUGUCAGAGCUGCAGGUUCUUCUGGGCUACGCGGGCAGAAACAAACAUGGACGAAAACACGAGCUUCUGACUAAAGCCUUACACCUCCUUAAAGCCGGCUGCAGUCCUGCCGUCCAGAUGAAGAUCAAGGAGCUCUACAGACGACGCUUCCCCACCAAGCUGGUAUCCCCAGCAGAGCUGGCCCUGCCUGGAGUCCACCCCGCCGCUGCCUCUUUGCCCCCCGGCCUCACGCAGUUGGGAUUUGAUGGGCACGGAGCACCCCCGUCCCCUCUGCUCCCCAUCUCCCUCCUCGGGCCCAAACACGAGCUUGGCCUGCCCCACCUCCCCACGAGCCUGCACCCUGUACAUCCUGAUGUCAAGCUGCAACGGCUGCCCUUCUACGACGUACUGGAUGAGCUCAUUAAACCUACGAGUCUUGCUUCAGAUAACAGCCAGAGGUUUCAGGAAACGUGUUUUGCAUUUGCAUUGACGCCACAGCAGGUCCAACAAGUCAGCAGCUCAAUGGACAUAUCGGGGACCAAAUGUGACUUUACAGUACAAGUACAGUUACGGUUUUGUCUAUCAGAGACAAGCUGCCCUCAGGAGGACCACUUCCCCCCUAAUCUUUGUGUUAAAGUCAACGGGAAACCGUGUAAUCUCCCAGGAUAUCUGCCUCCUACCAAAAAUGGCGUGGAACCAAAGAGGCCCAGCAGACCUAUCAACAUUACCUCACUGGUCAGACUGUCCACAACUGUCCCCAACACCAUCGUAGUGUCCUGGACCUCAGAAAUUGGACGGAGUUACUCUAUGGCGGUGUACCUGGUCAAACAGCUGUCAUCUACAAUGCUACUGCAGAGGCUACGGGCUAAAGGCAUCAGAAAUCCAGAUCACUCCAGAGCACUCAUCAAGGAAAAGUUAACGGCAGACCCUGACAGUGAAAUAGCAACCACCAGCCUAAGAGUUUCAUUAUUAUGUCCGCUGGGAAAGAUGCGGCUAAUGAUUCCGUGUCGGGCGUUGACGUGUUCGCACCUGCAGUGUUUCGAUGCUACGCUCUACAUCCAGAUGAAUGAAAAGAAGCCCACAUGGGUGUGUCCUGUAUGUGACAAAAAAGCACCCUAUGAACAUCUCAUCAUUGACGGGUUGUUUAUGGAGAUUCUGAACAGCUGUUUAGAUUGUGAUGAAAUCCAAUUUAAAGAAGAUGGCAGCUGGGCCCCCAUGAGGUCGAAAAAGGAAGUGCAGGAGGUGUCGGCUUCAUACAAUGGCAUUGAUGGUGGAUGUCGUACGACAGUGUUGGAGAACUCUCAAACAAACGGCAACAGUGGAGGCAACAGCAAAAAAGUGGAAGUGAUUGAUUUGACUCUUGACAGCUCAUCUGAAGAAGAGGAAGAUGAAGAACCCCCUCAGAAGAAAAGCUGCACCUCGCUAUCUAGCAUCUCUCCUCAGAUGGAUAAUGGGGUACUAAAUCUCCACAGACAAGCGUCUCCUGUGAGUCGAACUCCCAGCAUGCCUCAGGUGGAUACCAAUUACAUUCCCCCACCUCCUCCCCUCAUUCAGGACUACCGCCACUACUACUCUACACCCACUGACCUGUCAGAUCUCAACUUUUUUCCUUUUUUACAAGGAGAGAAUCAUCAGCACUACAACAUGGUGAUGGCCGCAGCUGCAUCAGCAUCCGAAGAUCACGACCUCCUCCUGAGUCGUUUUCUCCCGUACGGCUCGUCUCAGCUCUUCCUGGACCCUCCUUCUACCCCCGUAAGCAACAACCUCCCUCCCAUUAACGUCAACGGCAGCAGCACCGGCAGUAGCCUGGUGUCCUCCAGCAGCCUUCGGGAAAGCCUCGGACAUCCGCCCGCCCCACGUCCCACCUCCGAAUCGGCCCCCACAUCUGCCAUCUACGGUCCCAUCCCAGACGUCAUCUCGUUAGACUGACCCAGGACCGAACCCUCGCACAGGAAACUGACUGAAGAGACUUCCAAACAUUGGGAAGAAAACAGGACAUAGUACAGGAUGACUGAAGGGUGUUUUUCUAAACGAUGAGAAUCGUUGCCGUGUACAGAGAACAAAUAUAUUUUUUGUUUUACUUUUGUAUAUACCUAUCUAUCUAGCUAUCUAAUGUAUAUGUAAACUUGAAAGUUUUUCUCCCCCUGGCUUGCUAAAAUUACAUUGGGUUUUAUCUCCUGGGAAACUGACACUCUUUUUCCUUCACAGCUUCGUCUCAACCCCAUUAACAUAAGAUGAACACUUUUUAUACCCUUUACCCGUCGUAUUCCGUAAUCGUCUAUAUUUUGUCUGAUUCCACAGGGCACAAUGGCUGCGAUCGGACCGUUUGCUGGACUCUUUUUUUUUUUCUCUUCCCAGCAAAACUCGUCUUUGCCAAUUCAUACCAUUUCCCCUAAACAUGCACGAUUAUUUUAUAUAAUGCUUUUAAGGGAUAGUUCACCCAAAAAUGAACAUUAUGUCAUCAUUUACACAUCCUCAUGUUGUAUAGAAGAACAUAUUUUUAGUGUUUUUUCACCUCCCAUAUAAUAAAAGUCAGCGGGGUCCAGUGUUGUUUUAGACCCCAUUAAAACCCCGUUAAAACAAUGUCAUACAGAAGAAGUUCAGCAUCAUAAUGAUGUCUAAAUCUUUAUUUUUUGAUGAACUCUCCCUUUAUUUUAGUGGGCCGUUAAGAAGCAUUCCUUCACAUUCAGGUUAACAACUGGAAGUAAUAGCAUUGUUACAGAUUGCCAAUGUCUGACCUCAUGAUUCUUAUGUGAAAUGUACUUCAUGACUGUUUUUAAAAAAAAUGUAAGUCUAACAGUUUUGCAUCCAUAUUUUUCUUGCUCAAUGCCAAAAGAACACUGUUUAGUGUUGAAGUUUCUAGAGUGAGAGCUUGUGAGUUCAGUGAACUUAAAUGUACACCUUGUGUGGGAAGUAAGGAUUUACUCUCUUUUUUUUUUUUUUUUGUAGCGACCAUGCUUGAUUGUUCAUCCGUUCUUUCUUCUUUCUUUCCAUCCCUCUAUUCUUGAAUUUUUCAGAAGGAAUGAUAUGUAGGGAGGUUCAGCAGUGGAGUAGAUGUUUGUUUCGACCUCAUACGGUGACUGAGGUCUCUGUUCAGUUGUUGUCUGUUAGGUCAUCUGUGUUUGGUACUGUGCAGGAAACCUAAAGCCACUCAUCAUUUCGUCUGUUUGGUCACGUGUGCCUUGUGUGAGUGUGUUUUGCGUGUGAAAGACUGGACUGUUAUUUCUUGUACUUCAGUUAGCCUAAACUAAGAUGUUUUUCAAGUUGACUGUCAGAUAUGGAGCUUUUAUCUACAGACUUGGUGUUAGUAAACAAAUAAUCCUAUUGACUAACCACAUUUGGAUCUCCUUUCAAGUGCUGUUUGGGAUUAGCACAGGAAGUUAAACUAAAUUUAAGAAAAUAGAAGAUUGGAAAGAGUUUAGGAUGUGUUAAAAUCUUUUUUGUGUGUGUGCUUAAACAGGCUGCGUGUAUGUGUGUGUGUUUGCUGGUGUGGCUCUCUCAGUGUGUUGACCAGACCUCCUUUCAAAGCCUAAUUGGGUUUGGGACUGAGGUAAUUGCGUGUGACAGAAUCUAGCGAUCGCGUUUUGUGUUUUUUGAUAGACUGAUGAGUCUCUGUUUCCUUUGACCUCUAAACCUCCUUUUAGCCUACAUUUCUUAUGAAAGUAUUAGAUGUUUAUCAGUUGAUUUGUUUCUUGGCUCUGAGAUUGGUUUGAAAUGUAAUUGGUUAAGUAAUUAAGAUAAAAAUGACAGACAAAAAUGCAUAUGCUGGUAUUGCAAAAUCUUUAAUACCAAAUUGAGUACUUGUUAGAUCUCUAGCAGUGUUAAUGAUUGAGUCUUUAUUUUAACAAGUAAAUCUGAACAGUUCUUGUCGUUUUAUUCAGUGUGUCUGUCUUAUAACAUUAUGUAUUUGACAAGAUGUUACCAGGGAUAUACAAGCAAGGUUCAAUGACAAUAGAGUUUUUCAUUCAUUUGUUGAUUUUUGUUAUGACUGACAAAGGGAUAAGUGUGUGUGUGUGUGUGUGUGUGUGAAUGUGUGUAUGCAAGCGUGUGUGCAUGUUUUUGUUCUUGAUGUAAGGCAAACAUUGUGCAAACUUGGAUGUUCCAGUGACGUGCAUUUAUGUGUUAAAGUUGGAUCCGCAACUUCACAACAAACUAAUUUAUAUAUUUUAGAUGCAGAACUGUGUUAUGAGUGGACUUGGUGUCAAAGUCCAAGGUUAUUUUAUUUUCCAUUUCAGUAAGCUGACAUCUAUGCUCACUGCCUUAAAUUUCAUCCACUCUGUGUCUGUGGCAUGUUUUAUGAAAAGAAAAAAGAAGAUUUUUAAGAUGUGGAAGACAUAUUGUACAGUAGACCAAUGUCAGUUUGUAUAAAGUACUAAGUGACAAAAAAUAUUUAUUACAUGCAUUGAAAGAAAUUGUUUACCUAUUGAAUGUUACAUGUUUAUGUAGAGACAUUUAGAUGUAAUAAAAUGCAUUGAGUUAA